AUGGGAAUACUUCCCGUUCAUGUCACACAGAUUUCGGAUGCCGACUGGGAUGACCUGUGGGACCAGUUUGAUGAGCGGCGGUAUCUGAAUGCCAAAAAGUGGCGUGUUGGUGACGAUCCCUAUAAGCUGUAUGCUUUCAACCAGCGGGAGAGCGAGCGGAUCUCCAGCAAUCGGGCAGUCCCGGACACUCGCCAUUUAAGAUGCACCCUGCUGGUGUACUGCACAGACCUCCCUCCCACCAGCAUCAUCAUCACCUUCCACAAUGAGGCCCGCUCCACCCUGCUCAGAACCAUCCGCAGUGUCUUAAACCGCACCCCUAUGAAUCUGAUCCAGGAAAUCAUAUUAGUGGAUGACUUCAGCAAUGACCCUGACGACUGCAAUCAGCUCCUCAAGUUGCCCAAGGUGAAGUGCUUACGCAAUAAUGAACGGCAAGGUCUGGUCCGGUCCCGGAUCCGGGGCGCGGAUGUUGCCAAGGGCACCACUCUGACUUUCCUUGACAGCCACUGUGAGGUGAACAGGGACUGGCUCCAGCCCCUGCUGCACAGGGUCAAAGAGGAUUACACGCGCGUGGUGUGCCCUGUGAUUGACAUCAUCAACCUGGACUCCUUCAACUACAUUGAGUCGGCCACAGAGCUCAGAGGGGGGUUUGACUGGAGCCUCCACUUUCAAUGGGAGCAGCUCUCCCCAGAGCAGAAGGCUCGGCGCCUGGACCCUGCUGAGCCCAUUAGGACUCCAAUCAUAGCUGGAGGGCUCUUCGUGAUGAACAAAUCCUGGUUCGAUUACCUGGGGAAAUAUGAUAUGGACAUGGACAUCUGGGGCGGGGAGAACUUCGAAAUCUCCUUCAGAGUGUGGAUGUGUGGGGGCAGCCUCGAGAUUGUCCCCUGCAGCCGAGUAGGCCAUGUCUUCCGGAAGAAGCACCCCUAUGUCUUCCCGGAUGGAAAUGCCAAUACGUAUAUAAAGAACACCAAGCGGACAGCUGAGGUGUGGAUGGAUGAAUACAAGCAGUACUAUUAUGCUGCCCGGCCCUUCGCCCUAGAGAGGCCCUUUGGAAACAUUGAGAGCAGAUUGGACCUGAGGAGGACUCUGCGGUGCCAGAGCUUCAAGUGGUACCUGGAGAAUGUCUACCCAGAACUCAGAGUCCCCAAGGAUUCCUCCAUCCAGAAGGGCAAUAUCCGACAGAGGCAGAAGUGCCUAGAGUCUCAAAAGCAGAAAAACCAAGAGCUCUCCAAUGUCAGGUUAAGCACCUGUGUCAAGAUCAAAGGCGAGGAUGCAAAGUCCCAGAUAUGGGCCUUCACGUACACUCAGCAGAUCAUUCAGGAGGAGCUGUGCCUGUCAGUCGUCACCUUGUUCCCUGGCGCCCCGGUGGUUCUUGUCCUUUGCAAGAAUGGAGAUGACAAACAGCAAUGGACCAAAACUGGCUCCCGCAUCGAGCACAUGGCAUCCCACCUCUGCCUAGACACGGACAUGUUUGGUGAUGGCACUGAGAAUGGCAGGGAAGUCGUUGUCAACCCGUGUGAGUCCUCACUGAUGAGCCAGCACUGGGACAUGGUGAGCUCUUGAGGAUCCACGCCAGAACCAGCGUGGGCCAUGGCGUGGCGCUUCUCCCGUUGAGAAGCAGACUGAAAUCAGGCUGCGAGCAGCCCGCAACUACUGCAGAUGCCCUGAACUGGGAGGUGGGGGCAGAGCCCCCCAGGACAGGAGCAGCUGUCUCAGGGAGGAUGGAGGAAAAGAUUGCAAACCAAGUGGGGCUCAGAGACAGAUCCCACAUGUUCUCAAUGCCGUUAAGUUCCAGUCCUGGCCCAGUCUGCCCUGAUGGGUAUCUGGAGACAGAGUUCUAAUGGGAAGUAUUUAUGUUGUUCUCUUUCUGACAAAAGAGGCCGGAGAGAAAAGCCCUCCUUGUCUCUAGGCCAGGACUAAAUGGAGAGAUGAAGAGUGGAGGUUGUUUUCAACACAAAUAAAAGAACCUUAGGAGUU